AUGUCUAAGUCUUUGAAUCCUUAGCAAAGUAAAAACUAAGGUAAAAGUCACUCUCUUUAGGGAAAGAAUUAUAUGAAGUUAGGUAGAAAUAUCAAUAAAUUAGUUUUUUCUCCAUUGAAAUCAGCAGAAGGAUAGAAUCUGAAUGAAAAAUAAAAGAAUGAAGAAUCAUAAUUUGAAGCCUUUAUAGACACUCCGUUUUCUUUAGAUUUCUUAAAGAAUUAGCAAUCAGAAAACUCAAAAUAUUCAAUUAGCAAGCAUCCAAACCAAAAAAUUAAGCCUAUUUCAGCAUUGAAUUAAAAUUCAGCUAGUAUAGAUGGAAACUAUAUGAAUUUAAAUGCAACUUGGAAUUAAGAUGAUAGCUUUAGCAUAGAUGAAGAAGAAAAUAGCUAAGAAAAUCUUUUAAAAUUAUAAAGGAAACUUAAAAGAAAAAGGAAAGAAAUGGCAGUAUUUAAAUCAGUAGAGAGAAAUACUUUACCUAGCUGGAUAAAGGCAAAGUAACCUGAAAAAAGCUAUGAAUUUAAGUACUAAAUUGAUUUGAGUCCUAUUAAGGCUAAGUCCCCAAAUGCAAUAAUAUCUAAAUAAUAAAAUUUCUCAAUAAAAAGAAAAAGUCCAUAACCAAGGCCAUAUGACCCUAAUGUAAUAGUUUAGGUUUGUAAUAAAAAUCCUUUAGUAAAACUUGAUUAGCUUUCUCAAUCAUUAGCUUAAUUUAAUGUAGAUUAUAAUGAUAAUCUAACAAAAUACAUUAAUGAAAUUGAUGAAUCCAAUUAAAAUAAAUUAUAUCCUAAUAUAGAUACUAAAAAUUAGUAUCAAACACCUAAAGGAAAAGCACCAAUAGAACUAAACAAUACUUUAAAUUCUCAUAUAUUACAAAAUUCUUCAAAAAGAGAUAGAGCUUUUUUAAGUGUAAAUAAUAGUAGAAAUACUUCUCCUGAUAGACUUAAUAUUUAGAGGGAUUUAAAGUAAACUGCUAUUGAGUCUCCUAAUUUAAAAAACAAAGAUAUCAUAAUAAGAAAUGUUUUCAAUUCCACAGUAAGCACUACUUGCUAUUAAUCGAAUGCUGAAAGCAAAAAUAAUAAUAAAAAAAAAGUAGAAUAUAAAUUCAACUAAUUAAAUUUUUUAGAAGAAAUGGAAUAAAAUUAAACAUAAGAAAGAUAAAAAUAAAAAUAAAUUAAUAUCCCUUAAAUUGGUAAAUAUUCCUUAAGGAAACCCUUAUUUACCCCUCGUAAUACAAGUAACGAAGUAUUCACACAUGACUUAAUUAGAGAAAAUUAUAUAAAUUAAUAGCAUCAAAUUUAGAAAAUAAGAGAUUUUUCAGCUUAAGUUGGUAGAAAGUAACUCUUUUAAGCAGAUAAAAGAUCUCCUGACUAAGGCUAUUAUAAUCAAAAUUAUAAAUUACUAGAAAAAAAUGUAAAUAAUAUUCUUGUCAAUUUAUCUAAAUCCUCCCCACGUAAGACAGUAAUGAAUCUCGAGCAAUAUCCUGCUUAGCAUGUACUUUUAGACUACGAAAUAGAUAAGAUACCUCUUAAAAACACAAAAACUUUAGCUAAUUUUUCUAAAAUGACAGGAAGAAAAGGUGAUUUAUUGUUAUAAAACUAAAUAAUUGCAUAAAAAUUACAAAAUAGAACUUAUGAUUUUAAAAUUUGA